GAAGUGGAGCCAGCAAAUGAAAAGAAGAAAGCGCCAUAUUGUUGAAAUCGAAAGAAACUCAACGCUCUCUCUCUCUCUCUCUCUCUGUACGUUGAUAUUUCUUCUUCUUCUUCUAUAAUGAUCGGAGCUCAAUUUCAUUUGACGGAUCGCUCAGCUGCCAUCCGUUCGAUCCCAAGCACUUGGCCUGCUGCUAGUUCUGCUUCUUCCUCCUCGCUCCACCUGGUCUUCACGGUUCGAUUAGGUUUGAGAACGACAAAACGGUGUCGUGGCCUCAAAUCGAUCGGCAUUACCUGCAACAACUUUUCCUCUCGUUCCAGAUCCAGCAAUGCCCAUCACCACGAUUACGAUUAUCUCCAAGCUUCUCUCCUCCUAUCAGAAACUAUAUCUCACUACCGUAUGCAAAAGCGAGGGUUUAAAGAAGAGACGAAAUGGCAGUCCUCUGGUAAAUUGCGUCCCUUUUCAGCUCAAUCAAACCGAUCUCGAAACCUCUUUGAUACCUUAGGCCGAAACUUUCUCCAGCGUUUCCAAAAUCCCACGAUUUUUCUCAAGAUUUCUUGUGAUGGAGACUUUUUGCUUCCAAUUGUUGUAGGUGAAUUUGCCAUAGAAAAUCUCAUAGAUGCCCAAUGGGGAGAUGAGAAUGGGGACUCUCCUGAUCAAUUCCAGUUUGUGAGUAAUCUCGUCGACAAACUUGGUUAUCAAGUGAAUAUGGUGAGAAUUACAGAAAGAGUGAUGAAUACUUACUUUGCCGGAUUGUGUUUUAGCAAGCCAGGUGAAAACGAGGUUUUUAAUGUGGAUGCACGUCCGUCAGAUGCCAUAAAUGUUGCACAUAGAAGCAAGGUGCCCAUAUAUGUAAAUAAACGGAUUGUCUUAACUGAUGCUGUAAGAAUCAGUUAUGGGAUGGGCCGAGUGCGUGAUACAAAGUCUGCUUAUGAUGUAUCUCUUGACAGUGCUGCAGAUGGUCCCGAUUUUUUAAUUCAAGAACUCAAGUUGGUUAAUAAUAUCAGUUUAGCUAUUAAAGAGGAAAGAUAUAAAGAUGCAGCUAUGUGGAGAGACAAACUAGUCAAGCUUCGCAAGUCAAUUCAAGGGCCUUAACCAAAUAUAUGAGGUUAAUCCACUUCUAAAUAAGUUGAUGCUUCUACGCACUGUUGGCUUAGCAAUUCAUUAGGGAGAUUCUAGUGCAAGGAACACCUUUAUGCAUUAUUGGAUAAUGAGAGAACUUUUAAAAUAUUGAAUGUACAGCUACUGUAGAAUAUUGAAUAUUGACCCCAAAUAUGUAUAUGUAAAACCAUGUACUUAGAUGGAUUCUUCAAACCAUAAGCAUGGUCAGCCUUCUUUGGAGAUUCGUAUCCACGGUUUGUAAAUCUCAGCAAAGUGUUGUAUGACAAGAAAGAAUGAAAUUGCGUUCGUUUGAAUCUAAUUGAAA